GGCGCGCCAUGUGGUGUCCCAUUACUCCAUUAAAUGCGAUUCUUCAAGUCUGCAUCAAAUCAACUGAAACCACUCUUAAUUUCGGUUGUUUUUCGCUCAUCUACUUCACCUACAUCGAUUCCUUUCACCAUAAAUUCGAUUCCCUUCUUCUUCGUCUUCUCCAAACUUCGCCAUUAUCACUACCUUUCACUCCUUCUCAUGCAAAGCUUCUUCCCCAUUGUUUGAACUUUUAUUCACUGCUUUUUUCUCUCUGUGCCCGCCAUUAGACUCGCCUCUCUUAGAAUAUGGAGUCCUGUUUUAUCGAAAAGCUGAGAACUGAUCACCCUUCCUUGUUUUUUGUGCUUUUCGCAUUGGGCUCCCUUUCGCUUCUGAAGUUUUCGCUGGCUUUUGUCAGAUGGGUUUAUGUCAAUUUUCUCAGGCCUCCCAAAAAUCUAAAGAAAUAUGGAGCUUGGGCACUCGUUACCGGACCCACCGACGGUAUCGGGAAGAGUUUUGCAUUUCAGUUGGCUCGCAAAGGGCUUAAUCUUGUCUUGGUGGGGAGAAAUCCUGAUAAGCUGAAGGGGGUGUCCGAUUCGAUUCUUGCCAAGUUCGGGAAAAUACAGAUUAAAACUGUCGUGGUUGAUUUCUCUGGCGAUCUUUCGGAGGGUAUAAUUAGGAUUCGUGAGGCGAUUGAAGGACUGGAUGUGGGAGUGUUGAUUAAUAACGUGGGAAUUUCGUAUCCUUACGCUAGAUUUUUCCAUGAAGUGGAUGAUGAACUCUUGAAGAAUCUGAUUAAGGUAAAUGUUGAGGGUACUACAAAGGUCACACAAACUGUUCUUCCCGGCAUGCUUAAGAGGAAGAAGGGAGCAAUAGUAAAUAUUGGCUCUGGAGCAGCCACUGUGAUUCCUUCAGAUCCCCUUUAUUCUGUAUAUGCAGGCACAAAAGCGUACAUCGAUCAGUUUUCGAGAUGUCUCUAUGUUGAGUACAAGAAGAGUGGGAUUGAUGUGCAAUGCCAGGUUCCAUUAUACGUGGCAACGAAGAUGGCAUCAAUCAGGAGGUCUUCAUUCUUUGUGCCAUCAACAGAUGGAUAUGCAAAAGCAGGCUUGAGGUGGAUAGGAUAUGAACCUCGUUGCACGCCAUACUGGCCUCAUUCCCUUCUCUGGGCAUUAACAUCUUCAUUGCCUGACUUCAUUAUUGAUACUUGGCGCCUUGGUUUCUGCCUCGGUAUCCGCAAGAGAGGCCAAUUCAAAGACUCAAGAAAGAAGGAAUGAUUGAUUUGAGUGUGUUCAUUGUUAUGAUAAAGCAUGUUCUUCUCCCUUUUCUCCUUUCCCUCAAGAAUGAUGAUUAGGACAUUGUAUCUUUCAAAUGGUAGUUAUAUGUUUCUGUUUUCAUCUUACUGUGCUUGUGGAUUGUGAGUGAUCUAUAUGGUGGAUUUGAGGAGAGAUUGAAGGGAAAAAAUGAGUGUAAUGACAGAGUUGAGCCCCCAUAUAAUCACAUUCAUCAAUAUCUAAUUUAA